GGCGAUAUCACACGCCAUGGAUGGUGUGGGUGCAAGUGGGAUAAUUUGUGAAUGGUUGGUGGCAGUGGUCAGUCACUACUCUUUGUUACUUUUCAAUCGUUAUGUGCAUGGGGAAAAAGCUGAAAGGCCGAGUGAAUGAGUAAUUGACUGGUUGUCAAUUUUUGGUGCGAAUGGGUGAGAGCUAGAAAGCAAAGUGAUGAAAUUUUUCAAUCAAUCGCUUUGUGCACUAGACAAGAAGCUAGCGUUUGACGAGUGAUGACGAUUUGAAUAGUCUCAAGAACAGUUCUGGACCAAAUUUUGCAUCGACUUGCUGUGUGCAUGCAAAGGAAGCGCUACGAACAGCAGCGUCUACUAUUCGUUAGGCUUCGUACCAGAUGGCCUCGGCGGGAAUGAAUCCUGAAAUGACUUACGUAGCCACUAAUGUGACUUUAUUCAAGGAUCCGUCAAAAUAAGAUCGAAAGUUUACUCGAAUGCGCCAAAGACUUCAGAGGAGCUCUCUGAUGCAGUAAUAUUUGAGAUGUCCACAGCAGUGACAAUCACAUCGGCCAACGUCUCAUCGGGAUCUGGCUUGGAUACCAUAUUCGAAAAUAGCAUGCGUCGCAAGUCUGUAUGUUCCUCCGAAAUGGUUUCUGCUAUUCUCAUCCAAUCCAGAGUCACUUCGGAUCGUUCUCGGACAAUAUCUAUAUUGCGAGGAGCAACGUCAUUUACAAAAAUAGAAAUUCUUUCAAGUCAGAUGUCGACCAACAUCAAACCCCAGAUCGACAGCCGCUACUCACCUUCCACCACAAUAGCCGGAUCGACCCAAGCUAUAAACUCGUUAUUAGUCUCGAUCAAGGUGCGAGGCAACUUGAUCAUUUCCUCAAGAAAAUCCUCACUGCGGAAAUAGCUUUGGUGGCCAUCGAAAUAAUCGUUCACGUUGUCUUUAUAAUACUCCAAAAGCCAUUCGUGUGUUUCUGGCCGAACAUCUUCGUCUUCUUUGUAGGACUUUAGAACACGAUGAAUACUUUCCUGGGUCGCCAAGAGCAACAGCAGAUCAAAAUUAGCUUUCCGAAAUGGAGACGAGCUUCGAUUCGGGCUCCAUAAAUGUUGCGUCCACGCAGUCAAAAUGUUGCGUCCAAAUGCCGUCUUGCAUUCUGCCUCAUCUUUGUCGAUUUUUUCGUUCACGUCGCUUUUCGACUGGGCAGACGUAACGUCGGGCACAGUUUCUUUGUUUGCCGAUGCAAGCAGUGUCUUGAGUAAUUGAUCCAUAUCACUCGAAUCUUCGUCGUUCCCGAUAUUUUCCUGGUCUUUUUCAGCUUGGCCCUCAUUGGUUUCCUCUGGCUCGUCCUCAUCAUCAUCCUCUUCUUCAUCCUCCUUCGCAACAGCUCUGUUGUGUUCCUCGAGAUAUUCUACAAUUUCAUCGUUUAAUCUCGCGAGCUGGUCCAAAUCCUCGGCCCAUUCUUUGGAAAUUUGUUCUCGGACCGAGAGGAUUCGACGGACCAUGGCUGGAGGAUCCACGCACAGCUCGUACUCCGUAAUAGUCUGAUUCCAUUUAAAAAACCAACGUGUUUAUCGGCAAGCCAGGAACACGGACAUUUACAUCAAGAAUCAAGUUAGAAAGGAACAAAGGGUGACGUUCAGUAUUAUCACACACCCGCCAGGAUAUCUAUUCGAUGCAAGCGAAGCACACACACACUUGCUAGCUAUCACGCACCUCUUCCAAAUAUGGAUUCUUUGAUGUUUCGGUGCUUUGUUCUGUUUUUUCGUUCUUCUCGUCAUCAGAAGAGAUAGGCGAUGUUGGUGAUUUUGCGGCCGACGACAAUUUCUCCAAAUAACUUGUGCUCUUCCCCGGGCCGUCCUUGGCUGAUUUCUUUUCGCUAUCCUUUCGAAAGCAUUCAGUUGUAUCAUCUUUAGAGGACAGUGCAGGUGGUGAUGACGAAAGAGCUUCUAAGUAGCUGCUUGCGUCGGAAAGGCGUCGACUGGUUUUCUUGGAGGGCCGCCAUGAUUUCUUAGCUUCCUGAGAAGGAGGCGUUGACAUAGGCGCGGUCAUGCUGUCCAGGUAAUUACCCACCGAGAAGCCCUUCGAUUUUCCUUUCGUUCCUUCUACUCCUUCCGUAGCGGAAGAUUUCUCCGAAUCCGAAUCACUACCCACAGGUUUCUGAUCUGUACCGGUUUGUGGUUGUUUCAGGCUUUCAAAGUAGGCAUUGUAUCCAGAGAGACGAUUUUGCCGGCGGCGUGAUCGCAUUUGUAUCACCAUGAUUUCCUCGGGUCGGUCGACACAAUCCAGAAAGACGGAGUCCCAUUCGGGAAAUUUGGUUUGGUUGAACGCUCCCGUUCCGUGAAAAUUAUCAAUACUGGUGAAGUCCAAUGUUUUCUAGUAACAUACGUAGCGUCCAGUGUGAAAUGGCAAGCAAAAACGAGAAAGCAAAUGAAAUGGAUUAACUUUUGUGCUAUCAUCACAGAAUAACAGUGACUGAUGCAGCCUUCCAAUAAGCGAUUUGAGCCUGCGUCAUCUUAUUUCGCAACAUACCUCUAGCCACCGUACGCUAUGUUCUUCACGACAUUGAUUCAGAAGAAAAACAAAAGACUGUAAAGAUCGUUGGGUCAAAAAGUACCGAAUAUCGGUUCGUGCCUUGAGAAAGCCAUCUUUUCCGCUAUUGUUGUUUGGUGACGACGAGAGUGUCAGAUAGGUGGAGGGCUUCGAUGGCGAAGGAAGGAUACCAUUGUUUUUCAAUACCCCGGAUGAGUGAACUGUUGGGAUGACAAAUGCUAUGGUUUCAAUCGCAGUCACUGCUAACAGGAGAAAAGUCGCCAGGUGCUUGGACAUGACGUAAUGCUACCGGAACUUAUUGGCACCACCUCUUGGCAGAAAAGUUGUCCUUAGAAGGAAGGUUGGUUCGUUUUCGACCGAGGACUAUGUGUGCGCUCGGUUAUAACUGCGAGAGUAAAUGGAUGUGGAUGUC